AAUGGGGCUGGUGUCCCGCGGCGCGGCCGCGGCGGGCCUGGGGGCCCCGAGCGCUGUUGUUCGCCCGGGCCCGCCCGACGUGGUCCCCAACCCCAUCCCCUCCCCUCCGCUCGGGGGCGCGGGCCGGGGGAGUAGCCGGGUUCCCGGCAUGGUGCUCAAGGCCUUCUUCCCCACAUGCUGUGCUUCGGCAGACAGUGGCCUGCUGGUAGGACGGUGGGUCCCGGAGCAAAGCAUUGCUGUGGUCCUGGCUGUGGUACACUUUCCCUUCAUUCCCAUCCAGGUCAAGCAGCUCCUGGCCCAGGUACAGCAGGUUAGCCGGGUUGGUGUGACUGUGCUUGGCACCUGGUGUCACCGCCAGCAGGAGCCUGAGGAGGAUUUGGGCCACUUCCUGGAGGGCCUGGGUGCCAUCUUCUCCCAUGAGCCCUGGUUGCAACUAUGCCGAGAGAAGGGCAGCAAGUUCUGGAGCUGCAAGGCCACCCGCCGGCAGGUGCCUGCCAUCUCUGGUUCCCCCAGUGAGGACCAGGUCAUGCUCAUCUUCUAUGACCAGCGCAAGGUGCUGCUGUCUUGGCUGCACCCACCUGCAGUCCUGCCUGACCGCCAGGCUGGAGAUGCCACGGCCAGUGCUGGGGGCCUGGCUGCUGUCUUUGGCACAGUGGCGCGUAGCGAGGUGCUUUUCUGCAGUGACCAGUUUGAUGAGGGCCCCGUGCGGCUGAGCCACUGGCAGUCAGAGGGAGUGGAGACCAGCAUCCUUGUGGAGCUGGCAAAGCGAGCCUCGGGGCCUGUCUGCCUGCUCCUGGCUUCUCUGCUGUCCCUGGUCUCGGCUGCCCGCAUCUGCAGGCUGUGGAAGCUGUGGCCCCUGCCCUUCAUUGGGAGCAAGCUCUCCACCUUUGAGCAGCUCCGACACCGGCUGGAGCACCUCACGCUUGUCUUCAGUACCCAGAAGGCCCAGAACCCCACCCAGCUGAUGAGGAAGGCCAACAUUCUGGUCUCUGUGCUCCUGGACGUGGCCCUCGGCCUUCUGCUGCUCUCUUGGCUACACAGCAAUAAUCGAAUUGGAAAGCUGGCUGAUGCCCUCAUCCCCGUGGCUGAUCAUGUGGCUGAGGAGCUCCAGCAUCUGCUGCAGUGGCUGAUGGGUGCUCCUGCUGGACUCAAGAUGAACCGGGCAUUGGACCAGGUGCUGGGCCGCUUCUUUUUGUACCAUAUACACCUAUGGAUCAGCUACAUCCACCUCAUGUCCCCCUUCAUUGAGCGCAUCCUGUGGCAUGUGGGCCUCUCAGCCUGCCUGGGACUGACAGUCGCCCUGUCCAUCCUGUCGGAUAUCAUCGCCCUUCUCACCUUCCAUAUCUACUGCUUCUACGUCUACGGUGCCAGGUUAUACUGCCUAAAGAUCUAUGGCUUAUCCUCUCUCUGGCGUCUGUUCCGGGGGAAGAAGUGGAAUGUUCUGCGCCAGCGGGUGGACUCCUGCUCCUAUGACCUUGACCAGCUGUUCAUUGGGACCUUGCUCUUCACAAUCCUGGUCUUCUUACUACCUACCACAGCCCUGUACUACCUGGUAUUCACCCUGCUCCGGCUCCUGGUAGUCACCGUGCAGGGCCUGAUCCAUCUGCUUGUGGACCUCAUCAACUCCCUACCGCUAUACUCACUUGGUCUUCGACUCUGCCGGCCCUACAGGCUGGCAUCUGGUGUAAAGUUUCGAGUCCUGGAGCAUGAGGCAGGCAGGCCCCUCCGCCUCCUGAUGCAGAUAAAUCCCCUGCCCUACAGCCGUGUGGUGCAUACCUAUCGCCUGCCCAGCUGCGGCUGUCACCCUAAGCAUUCUUGGGGCUCCCUGUGCCGCAAGCUAUUCUUUGGAGAGCUUAUCUAUCCUUGGAGGCAGAGAGGGGACAAGCAGGAUUGAGGCCCAGCUGCAGCCUACACAGCACCACUGCACAGUCAUCACCCCUCUCUUCCAGGGUGGCAUUGACCUUGGGGACAGCACACAUCCCAUGUAAGGGCCAACCAGGCACUCCACAUGCUCUGGAGUAUGAGUGGACCUUACUCUUAAGUUCCCACCCUGGCUUUUGGGGCCUCUGCAGGCCUUGCCAGUUGCCAGCCUGCACUGACCUUCUAGUACCAUCUACCUUGGGACCUAUUUCCUGGUCUGUUGUGGUCUUGGCCUGAUGUCCAGCAGCCCCUAGACCUGUUGAGAAGUACCCAGACCCUGUGGAGUGUGCUGGCAGGUCUCCCUGGCUGCUCCCAGGGUCCCACCCUGUCACCCUAUUAGGUGGGGUUGAGGUACCUCUCCCAGGAUGCACUCCUGAGUUCCUGAGGCUUUCCAACUGCUCCAGUGGAACACGCCCUCCCCCCCAAUAUGGGGAUUGAAGCACCUGCUGACUCCCAGCCCAAUGGGUCAGCCCCUCAUACCCUGAACCUUGCUGGGUUUGUUUGUUGAUGUUUCCUGGAGAUUGCUUUGCGAAGAGCUGCUAGAAGGCCAUUGGUUGUUCCUUUGAUUGAAGCUAGGCCAUGGGGGGUGGCCCAAAUUGCCUUUUUGAAAAAUUGGGUGCCCACCCAACUGGCUCCCUUGAUCCUGCCAAGUGUCCCUGUGAUGACAGGUCUUUUAGAAAAAUCUUCCAUCUCCUCUCUGGCUUCUUGCAGAUGGAGGCAGCUCCUUCCUAGGGCAGGCACUUCUGCAGCCCACAGUGUUGGUGGCCCUGGGGAGGCAGUUGGGAGGGGGGAUGCCUGAGGGCGCUGGAUGAUGUGAAAAUGUCUGGUAUGGGCAGGAGGGAGCAGUGAUUCCUGCCUGUCUCUUGAGGGCACUUAGGACUGUCCACCUCCCAUACUCCUUUGCUGCAGGCUAUAGCAACUCUUAAGCACCUAGUGAAAAGUGAAGGUAGGGAUGGGUCCUGAACUUGACUUUUACUGUGGUGAAAAUAAAACCUGUGCGCUUGGAGCACUAACUGGGCCUUUCCCAUAGCAUGUGUGUGUAGGUCGGGGAGACAGGGAAUGUGGGCUGGGUGGAUGCAGACACUUCCCAGAGGACUUGGGUUUGCUGUGAGGUGAAUACCAUGACUAUUUCCUAUUUGAGGCCUGUAGCAGAUCUGGUGGGUACACAGGCCCUGCGCCCGUGAUAUCCUUGCACAGGUGGAUGGACCUGGGCACAGGGCCUCUGGUCACAGCCUCAUGCAGCAUAAAGGGCUGGCUCCUAGGGCAGAGGGUUGGCCACUGCUGGCUUUGAUGAAUAGGUGGUCUUCAUGCAGGGUGGGCCAGUCUUUGUACUGAAAUGAAACCAUUCUGUAGCAUCUAGGAGCCCAGGGCCUCCUGCCUACUGUCCAGGUUAUAGAGAUGGAUUUGUAGCCCAGAGAGUCCCAUCAGCAGCUCUCUGGCCUGGGCUUCCAUCAAGGGUCCCUCUGGAGAGGCUAAGGUACCCCUCACAAGACUGUCUACCCAGAGCCUGCCAAGAGUGGCCUCCAGAUAGGGUGCCAGUGGCUCAUGCCUGUAAUCCUAGCUACUUGGGAGGUUGAGAGUGGGAGAAUUGCAGUUCAAGCCCUGAAGAAUAGUCUGUGAGACCCCCAUCU